GGGUUAUGGGGAAGAUUAAGAGGAGUCUGAACUCAGGAACGGACUCAGCGCACAGCAUUCAAGAGGUUCUCCGCCGCGUCUCUUGCAUUCGAGUCGGAAGUCACAGUCGAGUGUGGAUUCAAGCGUGCAUCUAGCGGAGACCACAGCAACGAACAAGGCCGCUCGCACGUCUUUCGCCACCAAUCCAUAUCGUGCCUUUGGCUUUGGGAAACAAGCGCGGCCGAGCAGCGAAUCGGGAUGAAGCUUUCGUGUGGUAGCAAUGCCUGCUCUUCACUGCGAAACCUCUGACCGCAAGGCGCAAAGGCAGGUGGCGGGAGCAUCGACUCAGAGUGCUGCACAUGUUCAAGGCAGACUACCUUCAGCUACCUCUUCUCUGCGCGUGCAGCUCCCUUCGACACCAAGCGAUCAUCAAGAUCGACGAGCUUCGAGCUCAUCAUCGACGCUCCUCGCUGCGCAGCAAUCACAACCUGAAUACGAUCAGGGCCAGUCGGACGCGGCAGUGCUUACCUCCUCCAUCCUUGCAGCUCAAGUAGAAGCGCGUUCCCAGCUCUACACGCACGAGAAGCUGGUUGAUGGAGUCUCUUCAGACAUCCUACGACAAAUGCUCACCGUCGGACGUCGUUUCGUCCCACCAGACGAUCAGAGCGACUCCACGCAUGAAGAAGCUCCGGAAGGCAAUUUUGGAAAGAUUAUCCGUUCCCUGUUCUUGGCGGUCUUGGAAGAGAGGCACGCCUUGGCACUCUGCGCUUAUCCAGCUUGCAGAUCCACACCGUGUCGUCCACGCCGCCCAGCUGACAAGUAUGGCUCUUCGUCCCGCUCUCCAUCGUCGUACCGCAUCAACCGGCACACGCACUCCAUCGAGCCCGAAACGAGGCUCGAAGUGGGAGGAGCGUGGACCUUUUGCUCGGAUGCUUGUUGGGCGAGAGCUACGUGGAUCAGGCGCUGGAUACUCGGCGAUGAUGGGCACGAUCAGCCUUCCGGUCAGCCAUCCAACUUGCUGCUCGGCGGCAAUGCGAGCGGUGGCAGGUGGGAAGUCUGUGAUGAUACCCAGCAAAGUAUAGAGUUGCUCGAGGAUCUGGAAGCAAGAGGCGAAGUGCAAUUGCCCGCGGGCCAGUCUAGCACUGUGCCCAUACAACAACAAGAGAACAAUCUGUCAGAAUCGCCCUCAACCAGAGAGGCACGAGAAGCGGAUAGACUCGUGCGCAGCAAUACGGCUCGCAAUGCAAGUGCCAAUGCGCUCGCAUCUCGAGCAACAGCCACUCCACUUCCUCCGCGCUCUGACAGACCGCGUAAUCCAAAAUUGCCGAGAGGGAUGUCUACCGUGCGAAGAACACCACCAAGGGGCCGUGCAGGCAUUGCAACAGCUUCAGAGAUGACAGCAACAGGCGCGUCGACCGCUGCUGGAAGCAGCAAAGGCGAAGAUGCGGGAAGCGCCCUGCCGCAAACCUCUCAGAGUGUUCGAGAUGUACGCUCGCCGACCACACGAAUCUCGCGAGGUCCCAAUUUCGAGAGACCCGAAUCCACACUGCUGCUCGUCAGCCGCAAUGAACCCAAGGACGUCUCUUCCAUAUUUGGCGAUCUUCGCAUUGUAGAGCGUGGAAGGGAUCCACAAGAAGCUACGGUCGGAUUGUCCCAGCACCUAGCAAUUUCCGACGGGGAGGGUAAGCGUGGAGCGGGUGACGAAGCUCAAGAGCCUUUGCAGGGCGCAAUGCGUCCUCCCAGUGUACGAGCGCAGGAGGAGGAGGAGGAGGAGGAGGAGGAGGAAGAGGAGCUGGAGAAGAUGUUGGCCAGCCAAAGAGCGGAGGAAGAACGAGGCGCUUUGAGCGGGCAUACCAGCGAGGAUCUGUGGGACUUCGCAAAGCUGGCUCGCAAACAGAUGAAUGAGGAACCGAAAAGGGAAGACGUUCCGUAGACAAGUGCGCAAGAGACACUGCACAAUAGAAUUGUGGAUGCAUCAGUUGCUUGCGUGAGAGUGUGCGCAAAGUGCAGCCUCGAUGAGCUACGGUCAUCACAUUUACAAAAGAGGGACCCUACACAGAAUCGAUGUCUCAGGCGUG